AUGCCUCCAGUCCAGCAGGCGGGGUGGUUCCCCAGCAUUCUUGGUCGAUCCAUUCUCAGCGGCAUCCAUCAGAAUUCCCCACGAGAACUCGAGAGCGAUCUUGCCGUGACACCGACGACUCAAGUGGACAAAACACAUACACUGGUCGUGCGUGAUGCGGACAGAACGUACCAACCAGGACAGGGUGCAAUGGACCCAAGCAGCAUAAACAUGCGCGGAUUGUAUGCUUUGUUUGCUAUUCUGGGAGCAGCGCUUGUCCUGGCAUCCAUUUGGUUCUUUUUCUGGGCAAAGGACGGCGGAUUCAUUUGGAGGAAGGGUGAUUGGGAAGAUUAUAAGUCAACUGUUUUGCGGCGAAAGGGUCCUGAUGGGAGAACCCUUAGUAAUGCUACAAAGAGCACAAAGCUAGGUGGAGGUAGCAUCGUUGGUAAAGGCUACACCGACGAUGGCUACACCGUGGCCGACACCGCUCCUGGAUACAGUGACACUGCUACUACGAUCACCGAGAAAGAACCGAGACGCAAGCGCAACCUUCGCGAUAAAUUCCGCCGCAAGCGCAGGCACGAAAAGUAUGAGGGCGAAGCGGACGAGGACGUCCGUGCCUACCGCAAGGAAAGGCCUGCUCAGAUUGGUGGCAUCAACCGCGAAGCAGAUGGCACAUACUACGGUAGCGACUACGACACCUCGAAUCCACCUACGCACUACAACCAAAGCGAGAUGAGCGAAGUCCGCGACUACGCCUAUGAGCCUGCUCGCCCUUCUCAUCAGAAGCGAGACUUCUCCUUCGCCCCCGGCUCGGAAGAGACCAUGAGCCAGACCACAACAGAACGUAUGGUCCGUGAACCAUCAGCCCGCAGACACAACCGCCGCCGCGAACGACGUCGCGCACCCCCGACGUCAUCUUCUCGCCAGAGCAGUCCGCGUAAGCGCGAGUCUCGUGGCCACUACACCGAACCCCUCGACUUCUCCUCAAACUCGCAAGCCCGCUCAGAUUACCAGUACUCAAACGUUGACACUGAAGAACAAGACAUCGGCACUGUCAGCUACCACCACCCAAUUCCCGGUCUCAGCAAGGGCUACCGCCGCGAUGGAGCCCGUAGCCGGCGGAGGGAUAGUCUGAGUGAUAGCGACUGA